GACCGUUGCGAAGUGCUGGCUUUAUUCAAUCCCCUUCUUUAGAAAUCUCUCUCUCUAAUUUCAAUCUCCCCCCCCACCACCUCCCUUCUCUCUCUUUGUCUACAUUUUCUCUCUCUCUUAUCUCUCUAAUGGCGAUUGCUGCGGAGAACCAGCCCCAGGAGAAGGGUUCAUCGGAGGUUUCGGCGACGGAGACGAAGAGGUGGACGCUCAAUGACUUCGAUAUUGGAAAGCCUCUGGGACGAGGGAAGUUUGGUCAUGUCUAUUUGGCAAGAGAGAAGAGGAGCAAUCAUAUAGUGGCACUUAAAGUCCUCUUCAAGAGCCAGUUGCAACAGUCUCAGGUUGAACAUCAGCUUCGCCGGGAAGUUGAAAUACAAAGUCAUCUUCGCCAUCCCAAUAUUUUACGCCUUUACGGCUACUUUUAUGAUCAGAAACGAGUUUAUUUGAUAUUGGAAUAUGCAGCCAAAGGUGAACUAUACAAGGAACUCCAGCGGUGUAAAUACUUUAGUGAAAGACGUGCUGCUACUUAUGUUGCAUCAUUGGCCCGAGCCCUUAUAUACUGUCAUGGAAAGCACGUAAUUCACAGAGAUAUCAAACCCGAAAACCUUCUUAUUGGUCAACAGGGUGAACUCAAGAUAGCAGAUUUUGGGUGGUCAGUGCAUACAUUCAACCGCAGGCGGACCAUGUGUGGCACUCUUGAUUACCUCCCUCCUGAGAUGGUGGAGAGUGUAGAGCAUGAUGCUAGUGUGGACAUCUGGAGCCUUGGUGUCCUGUGCUAUGAGUUUCUUUAUGGAGUCCCUCCAUUUGAGGCCAAGGAGCAUUCAGACACAUAUAGAAGGAUUGUUCAAGUGGAUCUGAAGUUCCCUCCUAAACCAAUUGUCUCAUCUGCUGCAAAGGACCUUAUAAGUCAGAUGCUUGUCAAGGAUUCUUCUCACCGCCUGCCAUUACACAAGCUCCUUGAACAUCCUUGGAUUGUUCAGAACGCGGAGCCAUCUGGCGUUUAUAAGAUCUAAGGGGAGAAUGGCAGUGGUCCCUUUAUUUUUUUAUGUAACAAUCCAAUAUUAUGAGCAUCUAAAUGAUAUCCUGUAUUGAUAAAUGAUAACAAAUUGUUUGUUAAUAAAAAUUCUUUGUAUUAA